CUUUUCAGAAAGAAAAUCUCAAAAUCAUACUAGUAGUAGGAAUAGAAGGAGAGAGAGAAGGAGAAAAGGGGGGCAUAUCUGGUAGUUUCUCUUAAUUAACAAAACUCCAGAGAGGGUCGAGUUGUGGUGGCUGCUUCCCUCUCUCUUCUAUUCAUCUUCUUCCCUUUCUUUAAACUCAAGUUUCAUCACUCUUCUGUUCAAUAACCCAUUCUUUUUCUUUCCCAACAACAACAACCAAUUUUGUUAACCCCGAUUUCAACUUUCAAGAAAACAAAUACCAAAAAGAAGAAAAAAAAAGAAUCGAAAAUACAAAUACUGGAAGAGGAGAUGCGAUUGUGUUGGUGGUGGCAUUGGAGAGGCGGAGUAGGCAAUGGUCGUCUUUGAUGGCCUUGCAAAUGAAUUGGCAACCAAAAACCCUACCGCAAAUCCACUUUCCAAAAAAACAACAGCAGCAGCAGCAGCAGAAGAAGAAAAAGAAGAUCAUCCCUAGGUGUGGACCUCCAAUUGGUUUAAAAAACCUAGGUAAUACUUGUUACCUAAAUAGUGUUCUACAGUGUUUAACAUACACAUCUCCUCUUGCUAAUUUUUGUCUCAAAAAUCAACAUUCAAUUAACUGUAAUUCACAAAACACUAAUUGUCCUUUUUGUCUUCUCGAGACAAGAAUUAUUCGUUCUCAUACUGUUGAUUCUCAAUUUGAUGCUCCGUACAAGAUCCAAAAUUGUCUCUCAAUUUUCUCCGAUCAAUUUCGACUUGGUAGACAAGAAGAUGCCCAUGAAUUCCUUCGUUAUGUCAUUGAUGCUUGUCAUAAUACUUGUCUUAAGAUUAAUAAGAUUAACUCACCUAAGAGUACAACCACUAUUGUUAAGGAGAUUUUUGGUGGUGAGUUACAAAGUCAAGUUAAAUGUCUUUCAUGUGGUGCUGAAUCCAAUAAAAUUGAUGAGAUUAUGGACAUUAGUCUCGAUUUGUAUCAAACAAAUUCUCUUAAAGCUGCUUUGCAAAGGUUUUUCAAGCCUGAGAUAUUGGAUGAAAGCAAUAAGUACAAAUGUGAUAAGUGUGAGAAGUUGGUGUCAGCAAGGAAGCAGAUGUCUAUUCUGCAAUCCCCUAAUAUACUUGCAAUCCAACUCAAGAGAUUCGAGGGUAUAUUUGGUGGCAAGAUAGAUCGAAAAAUUGCCUUUGAGGAGGGUUUGGUGCUUUCUAAUUACAUGUGCAGAGAAAGUCAGGAUCCACAUCCCGAGUAUAAUCUUUUCGGCACCAUUGUGCAUGCUGGCUACUCACCUGACUCUGGACACUAUUAUGCAUAUGUCAAGAACGCAGCGGACCGGUGGUAUUGCUGCAAUGACUCACAUGUUUCACCUUCAACUGUUGAGGAGGUUUUGUCUGAGAAGGUAUACAUUCUUUUCUUCUCACGCGUCACUCAAAGGCCACAACCAACCAAAACAGUUUUUGCCGCCAAUGGAGUUAAAUCUCAUGAGAGCAAUGGCAAGGAUGCAUCUCCAAGUUCAGUAACUGCUCUGCCUAUGAAAAAAGUUGCAGAAAAACCUUUCGAAACACAUUUCCUAGAGAAGGAUACUUCGAGCGUAUCUAAAAAUGGUAAAAUUUCUUCUAGCGGAGGAAUCAAAUUUGGUUUUAAAAGGAUUGAUUCCAGGAAGUUCCCUGCUGACGGGAGUAAGAAAGUUCAUGUGAAUGUGAAUGGAAUAGGAAAUGGGAAUGUGAACGGGAAGGAGAACGCUCAACCGAACGGGAAGGAGAAUGCUCAUGCGAAUGGGAAUGGUCAUGUGAAUGGAAAUACGAAUGGGAAGGAGAAUGCUCAUGCGAACGGGAAUGGUCAUGAGAAUGGAAAUGUGAAUGGGAGUAUGAACGGGACUCUAGAGGUCAAUGAGAAGCACAAUAAUGGUUCAACAAGUGUGGAGAAACUUAAGAAAGACUUGCCUUCAGGAACCAUCAAGAAUGACGCCAAUGAAAAUAAAUUUCAUCAGUCUGUGCAUAAGGAGAGUGACCAAACUUUUACAGUAUCUCAUGCGAAUGGUCAUAGUGCUGAAGUGGUGCAGACAGAAGACCUUCAGCAAAGCAGCAGCAGAAAUUUAGUAGCAGAGAGUAGACUGCCUGAACCAGACCGUGCAUUUCCUGCUGUGGAUUAUGAUAACUUCCCCAAAGGAUCUAAUAAGAGGAGAUCAGAGGAUAAAGGGUUACCAGCUCUGCUCCAAAAAGGCGCGUAUUGGGCAACUGAUGAGAAAUUCAAACAAGGGCUUGCCGAGGAUGCUUCUGCAUUUCUGCGAUCGUGUGGCUGGUACGAUGAUGUUGAAAAUUUCAUGCGUUCCAGAAAACGAUUAUGCACCCAAGCAGCUGGAAAUACCAUCAGCAGCGUCGAGUUAAAGACAAAGUUAAUUGCAGAAGCUAAAAAACCUUUUAAUAGUAAGAUUCCCGAAUCUUUGAAAGCAAAUCUGGUUGGCCAACUCCAGUCGUGCAGCCAAGAAAGACAGUCUGCUGAUGUGUAGACAAUUGAGUACGUUUAUAUUUUUAGUGCUUAUUUAUGGCUGGUGUAUCAUCUACACAACUGAUGCAUGGAAACACAUCUGAUGAUUACUUUCUGUAAAAUGAUAAUUUUGGGUGUAUUGGAGAAACUUGAGCUCCAUGAAGACAAUCUGAUUGGAAAAAGCUAGGUGUUUCAUCACAUUCAAGGCUUUCCAGCUUGGAUUUUCGCAAGAUUGAGUUAAGAAUUGCAUUCACUAUUCUUUCUGUGACUUUAGUCAUACGGAGGGGAAUCUGUGAUCGAGGGAGCUAGAAGAGACUGGACCCAUCCAGUCCAUAAUUUUUGACUCGGUUUGUCAAAAUAUCCCAUUUUUCACGCAGCUAAACGAAGUUUUAGCCUAACCUAACUAUCCUUCUCACUCUCCCUGCUUCCCACUACAUAAUAUACCCAGAAGAGAAAAUAAAUGGAUUUAGCACCGUAAAGCUAAUGGCUAGCUUAUUUAUCCUAAUGGCGAUCUUUUUCUGAUACACCAGCAACUCAAUUUAGGGUUUUUGGAAAAGAUGGAGUUGAAGAGGAUAGUGGAUCAAUUGGUGUUGGAGAGCGAGAGAUAGCCACUGAUUCUUUAAAAUUGCACAUUGAAAGGUAAUUCCAACAAACCCAUAACUUGUUUUUAUUCGUAUUUGAUUUAUAAAAUGAGAUAUAUUGGAAAAUCUUCGUCAUUUUGGUAGUUAUAGAGUCGUGUUCGGCUGAAAUGUAUCAGCCGAACUUUUUUUUUCUUCAGAAGAAGAACAGUUCGGCUGAUAAUUUUUUUUGCCUUUAUUAGCCAAACCUAAAUACCAAAAGUUGUUAAUCCAUUUUGCUAUGUUCGGCUCAUUUUGAUAAAUGUAGCGUGUGCCGAACUUUACUCUGUUUAUGGGUGUGACAUUUUGCAAACUUGUUCAUCUAUGGGUUACUUAUCACCUUGUUUAGUCAAAUAAUUUUUUUUAAAGGUGUGUCAUUUAUUUUAGCACCCAUCCUGGAAAAUUUCAAAGAGAAACUUAAAAGGAGAACAAUGGAAAUAACUCCUUCUAAUUCUAAAACUCUCAAACCUCGAGGUGGUGGCACCAAGAACUUAUAUGCAGGGAAAAGGGAACUGACACGAGUGGCUCUUACUCGUAGAACAAGAGGAUGACAAUGGUGAAGAUAAGGGUGUAGUAGGAGGUGAUGAUGAAGAUGGUGGUGGAGGGGGUGGAGGGGAUGAUGAAGAUGGUGGUGAUCGUGAAGCUCUAACUUAAUUUUUCUUCUCAAAAUUGAUGCAUGUGUUUUAGGGCUUUGGAUGUCUUUUUUAUGAUGUGGAAGAUAACAUGAUGAUAGAAUGUGGUGCAAGAGAUGAUAAAGAUUGAAAUAUCUCUUCUUAGGGAUUUUCUUAUAUAAAGCUCUCAAAGUGAGGCAUUAGAAUCCUACCGAAACCGUUGCCAGGUUCGGCUAAUACCUUUCCAACCUUUCUCGGCCGAUCCUGACAAGUGAAUUUUACUCCAGGUGGUUGUCAGGUUCGGCUGGCUCGAUUAGAUUACUUUCAAGCCGAACUUAUCUCUGUAAACACUUCGAAAAUAUUGAUUUGUAGGCUCCAGGUUCGGCGAACUCGUUAUCAUCCGAACUUAUCUAUGUACAUUCAAGUUUUUAGAUUUUGUUUUCGCCAUAACUUCUUCGUCCGAUGUCGGAAUG